AUUCGCAGUGAAAGUAAUCCACUAUGGUGGACUAUAAUGUCAGUCUUCAGGCUUACUGUAAAAUAUUAUCUCAUGCAGCCAAGUAUCCUCAUAGUUCCGUCAACGGAGUUCUUCUCGCCGAGGAUACUAAGGUGAAGGAUUCCAAUAAAUGCCUGAAAAUGGUGGACACUAUCCCUUUGUUUCAUGUCUGCUUAGGACUCACGCCGAUGCUCGAAUUCGCCCUGACGCUGAUAGAUAUAUAUUGUAAAAGUAAAGGUUUGGUCAUUGGUGGAUAUUACCAAGCCAAUGAAAACUAUUGCAAUUCAAAACCUGAUAAUGUUGCCUAUUUAAUUGGCAAGAAGAUACAGGAAUAUUUUGCAGAUUCAUGUAUAUUUAUGGUGAAUAAUAACAAAGUAUCACCUCAGUGUGUAUCAGAAGCUUACAAAAUUUAUCUUUAUAAAGACAACAUGUGGAAAGAAGCUGACAAAAAACAAACAGUUGAAGAAGAGACCCUUCUCACUGCAUCCCAAGUACUGGAGACACCAGCAAUAUAUCGCAAACUCAUGGAUUUUGAUAACCACUUUGACGAUAUCAAAAAUGAUUGGCGAAAUAUAGAGCUAAAUGAAAUAUUAACUAACAAGGAAAUUUUGAAGAAUUAUCUCUAGUAUUUUUUAUUUUUUACAGUCAGUGAGGAAAGAACUAAUGCUUGCAUCUGUGUGAUUACAUUAUGAAAAUGAUAUUGACAAAGUCUUACCAAUUUUCAACUUUGGAAUGAGUUCUUUCUGUUACAUUAUUUCAACCCCCAGCUCUCUCAUUUUGUUAUUUUAUCAGUCUUUAAAACAAUCAGAUGUUAUUUCAUCUCAACGCAUUUUUAUUUAAUGUUUUUUUUUUCCUUUACUAUUAUUUUUCCACCAGAAACAAAAAAGGCAACAUUUUACUUUUAAAAAAAUUGAGAAAACGGAUUAUUCCUGUUUUAUAAUUUUUCCCAGUUCAUUAAUUAAUUAAUUAUCUAUCAUGAAUUCUAAUAAUACAAAUGGUAUGGUUGUCUAAAAUUAACGCCUGUGUUUUUAUUUUAUUUUCCUUUAUUUAUUUUUUUUUUUAAAUGAUUCUCAAAUGUUCCCAGUUUUAAGAGCAAGCUAUUUAGAGCAGGAAUGGUGACUUGAGAUUUUAGUAUUGCUGGCUAAAUCAAAAGUCAACAAAAGAGGUGUCACUCUAGCCUUAUAUGAGUGUCUACUAAAAACCCUCCAAGAUGAAACUUCUAAAUUAACGAAAGAAAGAAAGAAAAAAAAAAACAAUAAUACCUCCUCACUUUGUACUGCUUCUUUAUACUUUGUUUUUGUUUUUUUUUGUUAUUAUUAUUAUUAUUAUUAUUUCAUUUCAUCAAUGCAGUGUUUCUAUAUCUUUGAUCUGUGAUCUGUGAAAGUCUGCCAUUCACAAGUUCAUUUUUGUUUUCUGUCUUUUGUUCUUUUAGUUAAUAAGUCCAUCAAGAUAACUCUAAUACAAAAAGAAAAAGAAGUUUUUUAAUUACUCAGUGACUCUUGGUAUACAUUUUAUAUUUACAGCUAUCAGGGUUUUUCCAUAAACUGGACCUAAAUUCUUAUUUAAUAUUAAUGCUUUGUGUUUAUAUAUACAUACAUAUUAUAUAUAUAUAUAUAUCAUUGCUGUUAUUAAUUUAUUGUCACACCACACAGAUAAGGAGAAACUUCAUUCACAUUAUUUUAAAUACACAGCUGUACUUUCUACUAUUCAGAAUGAAUAAAUAAAUUGAUAUAAUAAUCAAACAUA